AUGUCAAGUAAAGAGAUUGCUAGCACCUCAAUAUACUUACAGAAUUCAACAUUUGAGGGCACUUAUUUGGGAAUUGGUAUGGUCAAUGGUGAUACUUUUAAUGUUGGAUUACCAACAUCAGUAAAAAGAUAUCAGAAAGAGAAUGAUUAUAAUGGUUAA